AUCAGUCAUACUAUGAUUGCUAAGACGAUUUUACGUAGACAUUGUACGUCAAAAACUAUUUUGUUUUGGAGGAACCUUGUUUCUGUAUCCGAUGCACAGCAGAUGAAAAUGGAAUCAGCUUUUAUUGAGAAAGACCCUGAUCCAACAAAACGCACUUUUGGGCAGGAUGACAAAUUACCAUCACUUCCAUUACCAAAGCUAAAUGAAACUAUCCAGAAAUACAUGGAUUCUUGCAAAGCAGCUGUCACUAAAGAAGAUUUUGUAAACACUCAACAAAUUUCUGAGAACUUUGUAAAAAAUGAAGGAGUACAGCUUCAUAAAUCUCUUCUGGAAAGAAGUCAAGUUAGAAGAAACUGGAUGGAUGAAUGGUGGACUGAUGCUUACUUAAAAUUCCGUGGAGUGUCCGGAAAUCUCAAUUUUACUGGAAUCCCUGUGUUUAGUUUUUGGCCAGUUGAUACAUCAGAUCAGCUCAAAAGUGCAGCAUGGCAAUUACACUUUGUGAUGAAAUAUUGGUCUCUGCUGCGGGAGGAAAAGUUGAAACAACAAAAAGACCGUAAAGGAAAUAACUUCUCAAUGUAUCAGUUCAGGUUCUUAUUCAAUACCUGUCGAAUACCAUAUAAAGAAACAGAUGAAUUGUUCAAUUGUUUUAAAACAAUUUAUGAGGGUGACUGUCCAACACAUGUUAUUAUUUUUUAUCACAAAAGAAUAUAUAAAAUAGCAAGCAUCUCCAAUAAAACAGGGCAAAUAUACACUCCCAGUCAAUUUUAUAAAGUUGUUUCUCAAAUCGUGGAAGACAAAGAAAGUGGUGAAGGUAUUUCUACACUGACUGAACUAGAUAGGGAUACUUGGGCUGAUGCUCGAUCACAUCUGAUUGAACUAUCUCCUCAAAACAAAAAGAAUAUUCAUGACAUUGACACUGCAUUGUUUUGUUUUAAUUUAUCUGAUGAUUCUCCACAGAGUGACACAGAUUUGCUUAGAUGUGGUGCUACAAUGUCCUAUGGAAACAGAUGGAUGGAUAAGUUUAAUUAUAUCUGCACUAAGAAUGGUAAAUUUGUAGUUCAUGCCGAUCAUACACCAUUAGAUGGAAUGGUUUUUGUGACGAUGAUGGCCUAUAUUGAAGCAGUGCUACAAGAUAUGAAGAAACAGAAGUUGUUGGAAUUAUGGAAUGCUGAUCAAAGUCCAGUUGAUUCUCCUGUUGAACUGACUUUUGUUGUGAAUGAAAAGCUUAAAAGCUGGAUUGAAGAGGCAUCAAAAAUAGCUGAGAAUCUGAACCUAAACUUUGAUUGUAACUUUUUCAACUUUCAACAGUUUGGAAAAAAAGCAUUGAAAAAACUGAAAAAUUUUUUUCAGAUUCAUCCUUGCGGAUUCGUACAGAUUUGUAUUCAACUUGCUUAUAUGAGAAAACAUGGCCAUCCUGCUCCUACUUAUGAGACUGCAACAACUCGAAUCUUUUAUCGUGGAAGAACAGAGACCAUACGCACUUGUACCUCUGAAGUUGUUGAAUUUUGUGAGGCAAUGAUUUCUGAUCUUCCAAACAAGAAAGAGUUGUUCAUGAAAGCCUGUAAAAAAUAUGUUUGGUUGAUGGAGGAAUGCAAAGCAGGAAGGGGAUGUGAUCGAUAUAUGCUUGGUAUUGCUGCCAUAGCUAAUGAAAAUGGGGAAAAGCUACCUGAAAUAUUCUCUGAUUCUUCAUUCGAAAAAUCUGGAGGAAAUGGAAACUUUAUUCUUUCAACAAGUUUUUCAGGAUAUGCUAACGCUGCAGGAUCAGCUAUGCCAAUGCGUGAUGAUGGAUAUGGUGCAUUCUAUAAAAUAAAUGAUGACCAUAUGACAUUUGUUAUCACAGCAAUGAGGAGUGGACCAGAAACGGAUGCAAAGGACAUGGCACUACAUAUUGGGAAAGCUUUGCAAGAUGUUUAUGACUUGAUGGUUGAUUAUUAUCCCAAUUUGUAAUGUUCAAUAUCUAAACAGAUAUCAAUAUCUAAACAGAUAUUGAAUACAUUUAAUAUCAAUUUGUGGAUUACAUGAUCUUGUAAAUGUCUUGAUUUUUUAAUAACAAAACUAUGUGCUUUAUUUCUAUAUUGUUUUACUAAUUGAUUGGUCAAAUAGCUUGUUUGCUUUGAAUCUUCUUCUUCAUACAUCACUCAUUCAUUAUUCUGCUGGUUAUAUUUUGUUUUAAUCAGAUUAUUACUUACAGGGAAAGCUCACUGUAACAUCUAUAGAUUGUAAAACUUCAAUUAUCCUCUACUGAAAAGGUGUGAAUUAAGAAGUAAUAUCAGUACCAUAACUUCUGAAACUUAUUUUUACAUUCCUUGAUUUGAUGAAUACAAUAUCUGUGCUCCAUACUGUACUGAAAUUUCUUCAAUAUAUAUAUGUAUUGUGUACUAGUUACCACAAUUAGAACUAACUAUUCCGAUUCAUUUUAACUCUCUUAAAGUGCUGCUUGCUGAAUUUAAAUGUUUUUAGUAAUGUAUUUAUAUAUCAUACCUAAUGCAAUCUUUCAUUUUUAAUUAUCUAAAAUGAUUCUUAAUAAUUGACUGUGCAAUUUAUAUAAUGUAGCAAAUGUUGUCUGUCCUUUCCAAUAAUGUAUGCAAUAAUUUUUAUGUAUAAUUGAUGCUAUAUUGAAGUCUGACACAAUUUUGUAUUGACCAUUUUGAACCAUCAGGUUGUUAAUGAAUGUCUUUCGACGGCUAGAACUUAGUUAUUUUAAUACGAUUUAUUCUAUACAAUCAGAUAAAUUCAAUAUAAUCCUCACACGCUACUUUAUUUUAACAAUAAUGAGAAAGCAAUUAGUAAAAAUAUUCGUUUACCAACAUAAGAACAAAAUGCCAAAAACGUCGAUUUAUUGGA